AUGUCCUCCAUUAACGAACUGAUAGGAUUUCUAUCAUCCGAGUUGUCCUCCGUUGGAGACAUCAGCGACGAAUGGGUGUCAUCAAGUGUUGAGGGUAAUUAUAACGAUUUUGCUACGAUAUCCGCGGUAUACAAACCUUCCUUUUAUGACGAUGAUCGAGCCACACUACUUCUUCGACGCUUGUUCAACAACCUUGCAAAGUUUGAAGAAGAAUGUGAUGACUCUGAAAUAUGGAAUGAAAUGACCAAAAUUGACAUUUCGGGCAAACAACUUUGCGUUCUUCUUUGGUACUCAGUGGAAUGGGCGCUUGCAAAGAAUAGCACAUUCGAAUUAUGCGAAAGAGGAGCUCUGGCAGCUUGUGCUUACCUUUAUCUCGCAAGUAUUACAGGAUCGAAAGCUUACACAAUUUUCAAUCCUCACCUCUAUCAGAAGUGUCUUCUCGUAUUUCGCUCCCUAUAUCGCUGCCUAACUUACGAUUCACUAGGCGCUGCAAAGAGCAAGUCCAAGAUUAAGCAGAAGAAGAAACACCGAGAAGAAGACACAGACGAGAAUAUGGAAGUAGAUGAAGACACGUUCGUCGUAAAAUCAUUCGACAAAGAAGGAGUAAAACAUUUAUUGGAAGAAUCUACUGAGACCCUUUUUGUGCUUUUGAACAAAGUGUCUCUCUCCGGCUACUCUGGGAUGCCUCAUGAUACGGCAAUGCUAAUUCGUGACUUAGCUCGAAUUGAUGUGUGUGCUGAUGCGAAAGUUGAAGUUGUGGAAAAUCUACGCGACUUUAGAAAUCUUCGUAGAUUUGUGGACCGUUCAUUUGCGCUUAUGCACCGUCUUAUCGAUGAACGUCACACCAUCAAUGGCUAUAUAGUCAUUUCUCGCAUAAUUUAUCCAAGACUCGCCUAUUGGACAUUUGACUGCGCUGUAAUUCCUUCUUCAUCUACCAUACCAGUAUUAUUUACUGUGUGGAAAGACCUUAUGGUCAAGUUUAUUAAAGUGAGGGCAAGAAUUGGAAAUAUGGGCGAACUUAUGACUUUCUUCAAGGUAUUGGAAAACUUAUAUCAACGCUGCAACGAUCGAUUAGACUAUCGCACACGUCUGGCACAAUCCGUGCUCAAUGUUCUGCAAGCUCUCCCUCGAGUUUUCCAUUAUGAAUUCGUUCAGCGAAUCGAUCGCUUUUCAAGAAAUCAGAGGGUUUCCGUCAGAAAUUUUACGAUUGAGAUUGCCCCCCUAAUGCUAACAAAUUUUGAUUUAUCUGAUCCGGAGUCAGGCUUUUACGAUGAGAUCGACCACUUAUACAAACUUGCGCAGCACGCGAAUACCACUUCGAAUAGUAGCAAUAGGAUGGAUGAGGAUUUGCAAGAAGCAAUAGAAAAUAGUAAUGAGAAGUCCGACAGCAGUUCAAAAAGCGAAAAUGAAAGCGAUUCAGACGACAAUAGUGACGGCAGAAAGACCAAGGAGAGGGGAUCUAAGAAAACCCUACCCAAGAAUGCACCGCUGGAGCGUGUCCCUGUUCUGCCUGUUCUCUACACCUGCAUUAUUCGUUGUUGCAUAGACAAAGCGUCUUCCGUUCGUAUGAGAGCGAUGUAUCAUUUGGCAUCUUUACUUGAUAUUGCUGAACAUCAUGGUCAAUUGUACUAUCAUGCCAGGAGAAUGUUUGAGGAAUCUCCGAGAAUAUUUGUGGGUGGAUUUUUUGUUAACGAGGAGGAUACGGAAGAAGGCGAGGAGGAAAUUAAUGAGGAGAUGUUUCUAGACGACUCUGAAAUCGUCAUUGACAAUGUUAUGCUGCAUGUGAUUCUCACUGGAAUUGGUGAUGAUACAGCUGGAGUACGGAGAAAUUCGCUCCUGGCACUGCAAGUUUUCUUUCCAUCACUUGAGGAGGCCCAUGAUAUUGAGAAAGCUGUAGAAUGUUUGAAGAAUAGUUGUUUGGACAGUUCAUUGAUGGUCCGGAAACAAGCUGCGGAAGUACUUGAUUACCUAUUCAGCACAUGUUCGCAGCAUUGUCGAUUAUUAAUUCGUGCCCUUAUGAUACAAUAUCGGGAGGGCCAUGUAAAAUCUGGAAUUGUGAACGCUCUGAAUACAAAACUUGAUACUUGUCCAGAGCAAGGCGAUAUCAUAUGGAUGCUUCUUGCAGAUUUGAGCGUCAUUUUUGAAGUGAAACCUCAGAAGGCUAUAAUAGCAUGGUACAGUCUCGAAGAUGGCGAUCAAAAUAAUAGAGUUCGAUAUGUAACAAAAGUGUUAGCAAGAGGUUCCUCUCAUAUCAAAAAUGACGCAAAGGAUGAUCUCAUUGCUGAUUUCAAAAACAAAAUUUCGAAUUUCAGAAUUCAUGCGCCAAACAUAUCUUCUUCAUAUCAUUGUCUGGCAAAAUUGUUGGACGCCAUUGGGGAAGAAGGCACUGGAAAGAAAAUCCUUGGAAAGUUUGGGAAGCAAGUUCUUGAUAUUUGUCGCGUCAAAAUUCGCGAGUCUCUUCUAAUUGAGGACGAGUACGAAGAUGCUGAAAGGUGAUCGACGGCCCGCGAGGCUUCCCUCAUUCGUAUGGUUGUAACAAUUGGAGAGAUUGUACAGUUCUCUUCGCAGUUGAUGCCGGCUGGGCUCCGUCACUUUGACGCUUUAAAGACAGUUCUCGCGUCGGACAUAUUCCACGAAGAGGACUUACCUGUUGUCAACUUUGCAAUGCCAUCAGUCAACCCAUCACCAUCCACGUCUCGUGCUCCUUCACCUGCUCAUUCUGUUUUGAGUAGUGAAGGAUCCUCACAACCAACGUCAACUACUUCUCAAGGGACGUCUGUCCAGAGCGGACCAGUCAUUCCUCAACACAUCGUUAAAGACGCAAUGAAUAAACGUCGUCCUCUUCUUACUCCGCCAGUGCGUGCAUACGCUGUCCUGACUAUUGGAAAAUUCUGUUUAAUGGAUGAAAAGAUUGCAAAGGCUACGAUCCCUGUUUUUGUUAAGCAGUUGAAGCUGAACCCUGAUCAUGUGAUAAGAAAUAACAUCGCACUUGUCAUUUGUGAUCUGUGCAUCAGGUACACUCUCAUGGUGGAUCGGUAUUCUCCGAUUGUGGCUGCUUGUCUCAAAGACAGAUCUACGCUUGUUCGCCAGCAAACACUCGAAUCGUUGACAUCUUUAAUCAAAGAGCAAUUCAUCAGAUGGGAGGGACAGGCAUGCUAA